GUGUCCGUUUGCUCAAAAUGUGGGUAAUGAUUAAAAAAAAAAAGACUAGAGAAGAGCUGUCGCCGGUAAAAAAUGACGGUCCCCGGUGGAUCAUCGGGUAGGUUACCGACGUGGAAGGAGAGGGAAAAUAAUAAGAGGAGAGAGAGAAGAAGAAGAGCAAUCGCAGCUAAAAUAUUUUCUGGACUGCGAUCUCAGGGUAAUUUUAAACUUCCCAAACACUGCGAUAAUAACGAGGUUUACAAAGCUCUAUGUAUACAAGUUGGUUGGGUUGUCGAAGAAGAUGGCACCACUUAUCGCAAGGGAUGCAAGCCUCCACCGAAUGAGAUAACUGGUGCCUCGAUGAAUAUCAGUACAUGUUCUUCAGUUCAGCUUAGCCCCAUGUCAUCUUUCUUCCCCAGUCCUGCACCUUCUUAUCAUGCCAGUCCUACAUCAUCUUCAUUUCCAGGUCCCUCUCGCUGUGAGGGAAAUCCGCCACCAUAUAUCCUCCCUUUUCUCCAUAAUUUAGCUGCCAUUCCCUCUUCUCUGCCUCAUCCUCGUAUAUCUAGCAGUGCCCCUGUCACGCCACCUCUUUCUUCUCCUACUCGGAGAUCAAAGCCCAAACCUGUAUUGGAAUCUCUAUCAGCUAGUGCAUUGCAUUCUUUCUGUCAUCCAAUUUUCGCUGUUUCUGCACCGUCAAGUCCUAACCGUCGCCAACAUUCUAAACCUGCUACUAUUACAAAAUGUGAAGAGUCUGAUGCCUCCCCUGUUGAGUUUGCUCAUUGGGUUAGCUCCCAGAUAGUGGCACCUUCAGCAGCUCCAACUUCUCCUACUUUUAACCUUGUUAGACCUGCUUUUCAGCAGGAUGUCCUCCUAGAUGCCUUGAAAGGGCAUGGGGAGUUUGGUUGUGGAGAAGCAGCUCAAAGGGGACGUGGCUCUGAAUUUGAUUUUGGAAGUGGAAAAGUUAUGGCAUGGGAAGGCGAGAGAAUACAUGGAAUUGCGGUGGAUGAUCUAGAGCUCACUCUUGGGAGCAGAAAAGCACGUGCUUGAGCUAUUGAUAAGAUUCAAGUUAGAUGAAGGAUUAGGAAUAUGUAAGAGCUCUUAUGUCUUCAUAUCCGCGAAGUUUCAAGUUAUGGACCAGUCAUCUCAAUUGUGUAAGAUAGUCCCCAUUGUGCCCAAUUAUUUGGAUGUCUUGUAAACUUUCCCACUACACAUGAAUUUGGGUCUUCUUGUAAAUCCAGCUGCACAGUUCUCUGCUCAAGGAAUCAACACAUGAAGUUAAGUUA